AUGGCGGCCGCCAGCGGCUACACGGACCUGCCUUACCCGGUGUCUGGGACCAAGCGCAAGUAUCAGGAGGACUCGGACCCGGAGCGCAGCGAUUACGAGGAACAACAGCUUCAAAAGGAGGAGGAGGCGCGUAAGGUGAAGAGCGGCAUCCGCCAGAUACGCCUCUUCACCCAGGACGAGUGCGCCAAAAUCGAGGCCCGCAUUGACGAGGUGGUGUCCCGUGCCGAGAAGGGCCUGUACAAUGAGCACACGGUGGACCGUGCCCCGCUGCGCAACAAGUACUUCUUCGGUGAGGGCUACACGUAUGGUGCCCAGCUGCAGAAGCGCGGGCCUGGCCAGGAGCGCCUCUACCCGCCGGGAGACGUGGACGAGAUCCCCGAGUGGGUGCACCAGCUGGUGAUCCAGAAGCUGGUAGAGCACCGCGUCAUUCCCGAGGGCUUCGUCAAUAGCGCCGUCAUCAACGACUACCAGCCAGGCGGUUGCAUCGUGUCUCACGUGGACCCCAUCCACAUAUUCGAGCGCCCCAUCGUGUCUGUGUCCUUCUUUAGCGAUUCUGCUCUGUGCUUCGGCUGCAAAUUCCAGUUCAAGCCUAUCCGGGUGUCAGAACCUGUGCUUUCCUUGCCUGUACGCAGGGGGAGUGUGACUGUGCUCAGUGGAUAUGCUGCUGACGAAAUCACUCACUGCAUACGGCCUCAGGACAUCAAAGAGCGCCGAGCAGUCAUCAUCCUCAGGAAGACGAGAUUAGACGCACCCCGGUUGGAAACAAAGUCCAUUUUGCCACCCAGCUAUGCUUCAGAUCGCCUGUCAGGAAACAACAGAGACCCUGCUGUGAAACCCAAGCGGUCCCACCGCAAGGCAGAUCCUGAUGCUGCCCACAGGCCCCGGAUCUUGGAGAUGGACAAGGAAGAGAACCGGCGCUCAGUGCUGCUACCCACCCGGCGGAGGGGUAGCUUCAGCUCUGAGAAUUACUGGCGCAAGUCCUAUGAGUCCUCAGAGGAUUGCUCGGAGGCAGCAGGCAGCCCUGCCCGAAAAGUGAAGAUGCGGAGGCACUGAGGCCUACUCACCACCCUGCUGGGAACUCUGGCUUCUCACAUAGCUGCCCCUCCUUUUGUUUUGUUUUGAGAGUUUUUUGUUUGUUUUUGAUCCUAUAUAUUUUUUCCCUGAUUCAUUGCCCAUUAAGGCUAAAGAACAGAAUUGCCCUGGAAUUGACCCUGGGUUCUCAUGUUCUUAGCUUUCUUCUUGGAAAGGCUGUUGUUGCUUGUCGGGGGCAGAGGCUCGUGCUGGAGUAGCCAGUCAAAGCGUGGGGGGUCAGCCAUCUUCAAGUGGGGCUGGGUUUAUUUAAAAGCAAGAAAAUGUUUUGGUUAAGAAAUUUUCAUUUUUUGCUUUAAACAUAAAUCUUUGCAGUGUUCUAAACAAAGUUCAGUUUCCUGCCUGCCCUUUUCCUCCACCGAUGUCUGCCCUUGGUUGAGGUCUCCUGGAACCAGGCCUGCUCUGCAUGGGGCUGCUUCCCCGACUCUCACCUGUUCUCCAUCCUCUGGAAGCUCAUGCAGAUACCGUCUCUUCUUUCUGUGACAGAACUGUCUGGGUUGGCAGGAAGUAGAGGGUUUAAACCGAGUCCCUGCCAUUCUAAAGCUAGUGUUGAGCCCUCUAGGCUUCCUUCAUAUUCUUCUUGGGCUGCCAAGGGACUAGCACAGUGGUCCUGACUUCUCUUGCCAAGAGCAUGCCUCUUUGCUGGGUUGCUCCUUUCAAGCACAUGUGUGGGAUUGUAUGGAAAUUAGACUUGCCAUGUUGGGUCAUUUUAGGAGUUGUUUCUAGCUAGAGGGACCGAUGUCCUUCCAAGUCUAGCAUUUGGGGUAUGGGAAAUCGUUGUGGUAUAUGGUAGGGUUUUUAUUUUCUUUUUGAGUUUUUAUUUUUUCCUUUGGUCUCUUGGCUUUCUCCUUUUCCUUUCUCCUUCAUUGGUCAGCUUGGACCUCUUCCCAGUGUCAUCCCUCCUAAGAAGGUGCCACCUCUUCUGUUUGCCCGCAGCAUGCAUCCAAGGCCAGAGCUCAGGCUUACAUACUGGGUUGGUGCCUUCUCUGCCUCAGGGGCAUGGGAGCUCAGGAAGGGGCUUCUAGAAAAUAACAAAGAAAAAAAAGGUGAGGUCUCGGCAAUUUCUACCUAUUCAAUUCUAGAAGGCUGCAAAGUUUUGCUGAUCUAGAUUCAUUAGGAAUGUCAUCUUGCCAGUCUGGCCAGGACUUGGCUCUGUCAGAAACAGAGACCCUCCUGGCAACCAAGCCACCAUCAGUCUAGAGGGUUUUGUAUAGAGUCCCCAGCCUGAGACCUCCGAUGCUGCAGGAAUCUGGGGCAGCCACCAUCAAGAAGAACCCUUCUCUGGGGCCAGAACUCCUUUGUCAGCGUGAAUUCCUCAAUUUGGGACUGCAUCACUAAAGCAGUUGCAGUUUUAUUUUUUUUACAGCUUUUUUCCCAAAAAUGAUUUGUAGUUGUGUGUGCAGCACUUUGCCCUGAUAUGUGUGCUCUACAAUA